UUCUUUCUUUCUUUCUUUCUUUCUUUCUUUGUUGGAUAUUUUGUGAUUACUUAAAACAAAGAAUAUCUUGCUUUUGAUUUCUUGAUGCAAUGGUUAAAAUUGUCCGCGCGAUGUCAGUAUCUGACUGUUGUGUGAGCUUUCAUGACAUGGCGAGGCUCCUCCUUAUUUUCCCUUUUCCGUUCUUCCUGCAUCAGGGCUUUGUUAGUCGUUCGCCAUUGUCCUCGGAUACAGUCCGCUCGUGGAUUUAGCACAAAACGUUUUACAGACAUGCGGGAGGAUUUCAAUGAUUCAACUUGCACGGCAGUGAUUUUGUAAAAUGGCAUUAACAGAGGGACGUGUUUUCAAAUCGUGGAUAUUUUUCAGUGUCUUUCUUCGCUUUGGGAUUUUUACAGAUGGGCAGAUUGUGUAUUCCAUAUCGGAGGAGGCAAACCCAGGCACGACAGUUGGAAAUUUAGCUAAGGAUUUUAACUUGAAUUUACAGGACAUUGAAAGGCGUGGAUUUCAAAUUGUGUCGGAGACCAACGGAAGGUAUUUCGAUUUGAAUUUAAAGACUGGUGUUCUUCAUGUUAAGGAGAGAAUAGACCGAGAGGAGCUAUGCGAACACAAUGUGAAGUGUUCUUUACCUCUAGAAGCAAUUGUUAAUUCGCCUUUGAAUAUAUACAGAUUUGAGAUAAAUGUACAAGAUAUUAAUGAUAAUCCACCAAUAUUUCGUUCCUCAAAGAGAACAAUAAAUAUUACGGAGUUAGCUAUUCCAGGGGAACAGUUCGCGCUACCAACCGCGUUUGACGCAGAUGUGGGCAGUAAUUCAGUAAAGAGCUACAAGCUGAGUCCAAAUGAACACUUUUCUCUGGAUGUACAAAGCGGAGACCAGAGGGUUUCUGCUGAAUUAGUGCUGCAGAAAGCUUUAGAUCGAGAAAAACAGUCUGUUAUCCAGCUCACACUGACCGCUGUAGACGGAGGAAAACCUCCAAGAUCAGGAACAAUGCAGAUAUUAGUAAAUGUUGAAGAUGUGAACGAUAACAUUCCUGUUUUCAGUAAAACGUUGUAUAAAGCUCGCGUAAAUGAAAACGCGCCGCCUGGAACUUCCAUUAUUACAGUUCAGGCCAGCGACCCAGAUGAGGGCGUGAAUGGACAGAUUGUUUACGCUUUAGUGAACAACGAUAAUGAUGAAAACGUCGAUUCAUUUUCAAUAAAUCCAGAAACUGGCGAGAUUACGGUGAAAGGUGAUGUAGAUUAUGAAAGCAAAAAUGCUGUGGAGCUCCGCGUGCAGGCGAAAGAUAAAGGGCAUAAACCAAGAGCGGCUUUUUGUAAAGUGUUACUGGAAAUUGUAGAUAUUAACGAUAAUGUUCCAAAAAUCUCUGUUACAUCGUUGGUUAAUACUGUAAAAGAAGAUGCUCCGAUUGACACGAUGGUUGGAAUGAUAACUGUAACUGAUAAUGAUGCUGGUAAAAACGGACAGGUAACCUUAAAGAUUCAGGGCUCUGUUCCUUUUAAAGUUCAGAACUCGUAUAAGAAUUAUUAUACUUUAGUAGUAGAUGGUCCUCUAGACAGAGAGCGCGCGUCCGAGUAUAACGUGACCAUCACAGCUACUGAUGAAGGGACUCCGCCUCUCUCCAGCACCAGUGUCAUUGCUGUACACGUUUCUGAUGUGAAUGACAACGCGCCGCGCUUUCCAGAGCCCGUCAUUAAUGUUUAUGUGAAAGAGAACAGUCAGAUUGGAGCUGUUAUUCAUACAGUUUCUGCUUUAGAUCCUGACGUAGGUGAUAAUGCCCGGAUAACAUAUUCUGUACUGGAAAGCUCUAAAAGCGGCCCGGUAACAUCCAUGAUCAACAUCAACUCUGACAGUGGAGAUAUUCACAGUUUACAGUCGUUUAACUAUGAGGAGAUGAAAACGUUUGAGUUUAAAGUUCAGGCCACAGACUCUGGUGUUCCUCCUCUCAGCAGUAACGUGACUGUAAAUGUUUUUAUCCUGGAUGAGAAUGACAACAGUCCCGGGAUUCUCGCGCCCUAUUCCGAGCUCGGUUCCGUUAACACGGAGAACAUUCCGUAUUCUGCUGAGGCGGGCUACUUUGUGGCCAAGAUCAGGGCUGUCGAUGCAGAUUCUGGUUACAACGCGCUGCUGUCUUACCACAUCUCUGAACCCAAAGGAAACAAUCUGUUCCGAAUCGGAAGCAGCAGCGGAGAGAUCAGGACUAAGAGGAGAAUGAGUGACAAUGACCUGAAAACUCACCCGCUGGUCAUUUUGGUGUGUGAUAACGGAGAGCCCUCACUGUCAGCGACUGUGUCUAUUGAUGUUGUGGUUGUUGAAAGCGCAGGUGACAUCAAGACUCCAUUCAGACACGCGCCGAUAAAGGAGGAGAGUUUCUCGGAUUUAAAUCUGUAUUUGCUGAUCGCCAUUGUGUGUGUGUCCGUCAUCUUUUUACUGAGCCUCAUCAGUUUGAUAGCUGUAAAAUGCCACAGGACAGACGGCAGUUUGGGCAGGUACAGCGCCCCGAUGAUCACCACACACCCUGACGGGAGCUGGUCUUACUCCAAAUCUACUCAGCAGUAUGACGUGUGUUUUAGCUCGGACACUCUGAAGAGUGACGUAGUGGUUUUCCCUGCGCAAUUUCCGCCUGCAGAUGCAGAACUGAUCAGUAUUAAUGGAGGAGACACUUUUACCAGAACACAAACACUCCCUAAUAAAGAAAAGGUAAGUUAAGACAAGUUAAUACCCCCCACCCCGGUGAAUUAAGUCUUUGCUCCGAUUUCGAGCUUCGUAUCUGGCAUCCUUUCUGUUGUCUUGAUUAUUUAGGUAUAAAUAAAAAUAUUUGUAUUUUUUGUUUAAAGUGCACCUGAAACUUGAUACUUGUGUUCUGUUUUUUAAUUGCAUAAUGGACAAGCGUUGUUCUACCUGGUUUAUUGUUAAAUUUAAAUUGGAGCUGUUCCUGGUGCUGAACACCAUCCGUCACAAACGUCAAUAUAGCAGAUAUUUGUCACGGCGUAUCAGACAUGAAACGUCUCAUGUUUCUUGGAAUGAUAACAUUUAUAUUGCGCAAUACAGGUAAUAAGAAAAAUAAUAAUAAUUGGCACAAGGUGACACAUUUACCAAAAACAUAAUGAAAAAUGUUUGCAUCGCAAACUUUGUUUACACGAGUUUUAUCUUCAAAGUUUUUUUUUUUAUAUCUAUGUUCUGAAAGUUAAAGUAUUUUAGUGGAUCUUCGUGGUGUUUAUGUAAUAUUUUAAUUUACAUUUUAAUUAAUUCGUUUAUUUGUCAUACA